CAGUAUGGCGUAUCACUGGAACUUUGAUUCUCUCUUUUCUCUCACACCCAUACAAAUCUCUAUUUAAAUACAAGCUUAGCCCACUGCUUUCUUCCAUGCACUUGUCUUCUCCACUCCCCAACACCCACUACUUGUGUUUUUGUGCUCUUUCCUUUUUUAUCUUCUUCUUCUUCUUAAGAGAGAGCCACCAUUGUGGUCUCUUUCCACCUCCAUAAAUUGUGUGUCUGACACUUCUGUUUCUCUUCACUUUCUUCUUUCUGACAUUUUCUUUUCCUUCUCCUUCUUCCCAUUUGUCUCGAUCUCUUUGAAUACUUCUCCAUUUGUCUCUUGACUUCGUCUCUUCUCUAGUAAUUACAUUAGAUUUGAGGUUACAGGGUAAGAUGUCUAGCAGAAGAUCACGCUCGAGGCAAUCCGGAGGUUCCAGGAUCACGGAUGACCAGAUCAAUGAUCUGGUUUCCAAGUUGCAACAGCUUCUUCCUGAGAUUCGAGGCAGGCACUCGGACAAGGUCUCGGCAGCUAAGGUCUUACAGGAGACAUGCAACUAUAUUAGAAGCCUGAACAGAGAGGUUGAUGACCUAAGUGAGCGAUUGUCCGAGUUAUUGGCAACAACAGACUCUGCCCAGGCAGCCAUUAUUAGGAGUCUACUUACGCAAUAGGCCUUUGUCUUUCUUCUUUUGUUCUCUCCCCUUUAUCUAGGGCUUGUUACCAGACCCAAAAAAGAGAGUUGCAGUUGAGUUGCAAAGCUCUGCUAAGUUAAGGAAUAUAAUAAAAAGGGCUCAAGCGCUUAAAAGGCCUCUCAUUUUCCGACAUAAAAA